AGAGCACAGGGGCAGAAUCCCCUCCCUCGCCCUGCUGGCCACGCUGCUUUGGAUGCAGCCCAGGAUACGGUUGGCCUUCUGGGCUGCGAGUGCACAUUGCCGGCUCAUGUCCAACUUCUCAUCAACCAGCGAAUACUUGCUGAAUGUGUCCAGUCUUCCCCAGUGCUGCCAAGCUGGCUGCAGGCUUCCUCUCACCUGCUGCCUGGGAGCUGCUCCCUGGCUCCCCUUCACCUCCAGCCGGGAGGAUAUGAGCCACCUUCCAGGAUCGGUGCGUGGUCAGAUCCUGCCCGCGGAGGGUGGGAGGGGUAGUGCCUUCACACCGGCGUGGCGCUGGAGCCUCUCCAAGGCCAGCAGCAGGUUUGCUGAGACGCCUCCCUGCUGGGGAAUGCACCUGCCGGGGCGAAAGGUGAAGGCUUCCAGCCUAUCGCCGGUGCUGCCGCCCGCACCGCACCAGGAAGGGGAGCCAGCAGGAGCACCUGCAUCUUGGCUGGUGAUUGCCAGAGGAAGAGAAGACGUUUUCCCGGUGAGGUCCCUCCAUAGCUCGAUCCAGUGGAAAGAAAGCCUAGAAAAAACAUUGCUGCCAGCCAGGAGCGGGGAACGCUGCUGGGCUGUCGCCUGUGGGCAGCGUGUGCUGGAGCAAAUGUUGCCGGACUCCCCUGGUCUCUGUGAUGCUCACGGAGCCCACAUAGCUGCAUAAAACCUUCCUGAAGGCUGGAAGCAGUUCAGGAGCCUGUCCCAUCCCAAGGCUUCCCGUCCCGAACGCUGUGGAGUCACCCCUUCGCUGGUAAGGAGGAGAUAAGGCACCUCUGUGCCUGGAGAAGGAACGGCAGGAGGAAGUAGUGCUUAGCACCGAGCUGCUUUGCGUAGGCUGCAGAAACAUCUCCAGGAUCAACGCCUUCUCACUCCUCUGCUUUGAAAGCGCUCUGCGACAUCCUGACCUUCUCAGGGACCUGUGCCCUGGGCACAUGCAAACUGUGCAAGAUGAAAGGCGCAGGAAAGGAAAGACUCAGCCCUGGUUGUUCUCUUAUGAGGCUGCUCUGAGGAUGCUCCACCGUGUCCUGCAGCCCUGCCUGGAGAGUGGGCUCAGCCCCAGCACAUGGACCAUAGCUCUCCAGGUGGCUCUGCUGCAGAGGGGAGCUCCACCAGGCUCCAAAGAAUGAGACAGAAGCAUCCCCACCUGGGAAAUGCAGCUACCUUCACAGCUAUAGCUGUUUUGACCCUCGACUUCACUAUAGGGUUGUAGAUUCAUCUCUGCAACCACCCCACUGUGCCCUUCUCAUCCCACCAUCCAUUAUGCCGGAGUUGGCAGAGCUGAGCAGCCCUCGGACCCCUGCGGACAUGGAUCACAUCCAGAGGAAUAUCUUGGAGGAGCAUGUGGAGCUCUGGUGGUUCCAGGACCCCAAGAAGUCCAUCCUGUGCUAUGGGGUGGCUGUGGUCCUGAUUCUGGCCUGCGGGAUCGGGGGCAUCAUCCUGCUGUACAGCACCAGCAGCCGGUCUGGGGAGUGGCGGCUGGCGGUGGGCACCACGCUUUGCCUCCUGGCCCUGCUCGUGCUGCUGAAGCAGCUGCUGAGCUCUGCAAUCCAGGACAUGAACUGCAUCCGCAGCCGGGAUCAGAUCGAGCUCCUGAAGAGCGGGGGUUGCUUGGACUGCCUGGUGCUGCUGCUCAGCGCCCUGGUGCUGGUGGUCUGCGGGCUCGUGCUCACCGUCCUCUCCAUCACGACCAUGCAGCUCAGCCCCGCGCGGCCGCUGGCCAGCAUGUUCACCAGUGGGAUUGUCCUCCUGACUGCAGGCUGUGCCGUCCUCCUCGGCCUGCUGCUCUAUCUGCUCUUCACCUCCUGCCGCCAGGCUACUCCUCGGAGCCUGGAGACCGGUGAGAUCCGUGUCUUCACCAUCUCCGGCCGCCUCGCUGCAAACAGGCGGCUUCCUCCCACCUCUAGCAUGGCCAACCUGAUCUGACCCAGGACACCUCUGUGUGACCUUCGCUGCAUACAACCCACCAGCAGGGCUUGUGCCGGCCGUUCCCCAAGGAAGGGUGAGCGUUGCGGUGUGCCUUGUGCUUCUUUCGGAGAUGACUGGCUGUUGCUUUGCCCCAGGCCGGCAGCGCAGCGGGGAUCUGGGGUUCCUGGCUGGGCUCUGUGACCUGGCACAUUAGGAGCACAGCAAUCCCUGGGUGGCGUUUUUAUCUCCACAAAGCCUCUGUGAUAGCUGCUGCCUGCGGCAGAGUUACAGUGAGCCUGCCCUGUACCCCUGGGGAUACCGGUAUUUGCUUGGUUCCUGCUGACCCCAGGGCUGUGAUGUGUGUUGUCCUGUGACUGCAGAUGGUGUAAAACCUCCCUGUGCUCCGCUCAGAGCUGCCAGCUCGGACCUGUGCCUCAGCUGGCACCAGCAAUUCGUGCCUCGGAGCCUGGGAAGGUGAGCACACACCGGGCAGGCUGUGAUGCCCUGCGUUGUGCAUCCUCUCCCUCCCAGGCUGCAGGAACCCUGAGCAAGGUAGAACCUCUAGCAGCUGAUGCAUGGCAGGAGAUACUCUGUAAGCCAGCAGGCAUGCAGCGCAAGCGAAGGGAGCUGGGUGGGUGCAGGGGCUGCUCCUGAGCAGGAACCUGUGUGUCUGUGAGAGCGAGCAUGGGAUUUGCGUGGGAUUCUGUGUGCCAGAGUCAUUGCAUGGCUGAACCUUGUAUGAAAUACUGUUUGUCUUUGCAAUACCAGGAUCUGUUCCAAUGUUACCUUCCUGCAGCUCACCAUCUCCUGCGGUGACCAAAGGGUGGGCUGUGUGCUGGGGCCCUGAUAUCACACCAGCGUGCUCCGUGUGAGCCACAAACAGCAAGGUGCAAUCACUGGGGGAUGGCGAUGGGAUGUCUGAAUCCCCCGGCUGGGACUGUUGCCCUUCAACAGGAGUUUCCCGAGCAGAAGCAGUGCGGCUCAUCCCAGUGCCUGGGUGUUCCCAUGCUGUUUCCCUCUCCCAAGUGCUGCAGCUGCUGUGGGGCAGAAAGGCUCUUCUGCUACUGCUGGAGCCUUACCUGGAGCUUUUUUGGUGUUUUAUCUCUACAAGGUGUGUACCACCAAGGUGCCUUUCCCAGAGGCAGACUAACAACUCCCCCUGGGAGCUUUUCCUGUGACUUAAAGCUAAUUUACGUGUCAAAGUUUUCAUUUCCUGCAUAGACCCAUGAAGCAUUUCCCUACCCUUUCCAUAGACAUAUAUCCUAACCUCCUGGCGAAGCUGCUUCUGUGCAAUGUCCUCUUCAUCUUUCUGUCUGCUCCCAUCUCCCCCUCACCUGAGCUGCUCUGCCUUGGCUGUUAUUUUUGCUCAUUGUUUGCUAAAUUCCUUCUGUAAUGGAAGAAAACUGAGCUACUGGAUUUUGGCACGUGGUACAAAUUCACAGCUCAUUCCCUCAGAAAGAGCAGGAAUCACCGUCCGUGUUACGUCGGGGGCAGUGUCAGAGUUCAGCGUCAGGGAACCUCACCAGGUAUACACUGGACAGUGAGGACUUCAUCCCUUUGCAGCUCCAGCUCAUACUAUCUCUGAUGCAUACAGAUCACAUGAAGGCACUUCUGUAUUUAUCUGCUCCUCCCCUGCUCCUGCUGGCUUUCUUUCCUCCUGAAGCCUUGGAUUAUUUUCCCUAAACUACGGGAACAUCAUUUUUGGCUUUUCUUUUCUGAAUUUAUUGUUUCUACAUUUUGCACUACCACUUUCACCUCAUCUAUAGAUUUCAAUAAACUGAUGUUUUCCUCGCUCUCUUCAUCCCUUCCCUUAAGCUGCCCAGGAGUUCAGAGGGUGUUGCUAAGCUCAGGUUCUUCUUUGCUAAAUCCUUUGCAAUGCAAAGAGCUGCUCUUCCCUUACGGGCUGUUUGUCCCCAGGUCGAGCAGGGACCCCUGUGCGUACACAGGGAGGGACAGGCCAGGGUUGGACAGUUUUGCACCAUCUGUCAUUGCUGCUCUGCACGUCUGUGUUGGUGCAUGCGCAUCUCUGCCUGCAUCAGUGCUUUGGCAGCUCCCCCAGCCUGCACGUGUGGACGGGACGCAGCUGCCUGCCCACCAGCUGUUUUGCACAUCUGGGCAUUUCUGUGAAGAUGCGUGACUGUGCCCAGCUCAGAGCUCCACGCUGCCCGCAUAUCAAUGUGAAUCCUCCUUCCCUAGACCUUUCAAAAUGUGCCCCAAGUGCCCAUGAGCUGUGCCACAAAAGGAUGCUCGUGGGCCAUGGCAGCGCCUGAGGAAAUAGCGGUUGAGCACAGGCUGUCCAUGAAGAUGGUGGUUGGGGUGUCCACCUGCCCAGACAGACAUCCUGUGCUGCCCCAGCCACUGACUCGCCUCCUGCAGCAGCCGUGCCGGCUUCUUCCAUUCUCCAUUCCUGUGUUGUGCGUGGAUAUACGUAAUAAAGU